AUGCAAGGUGCAUGGAGUGAGAGUGCCUUCAAACUGGCAUUUGUUCAGUUUGAAGUAGGACUUCUCAAUAAGGAAAGUCUUGGAUUCUGUCCACGUGUGUAUGAUAGACCUGUAACUAGCCAUGUGUUUUUGACUUUUGCAGAAUUGGAAGAUGAGGAAGAGCCAGAGGGCUCUUUACCUUCACCUCCUGACAGUGUCUCAAUAGCAUCUGACCGGUACGAUAAAGAGGAUGAAGCACCCUCUGAUGGGAAUCAGUUUCCUCCUGUUGCAGCUCAAGAUCUUCAAUUUGUACUGAAGGCUGGAUAUCUUGAAAAACGCAGAAAAGACCACAGUUUUCUCGGCUUUGAAUGGCAGAAGCGUUGGUGUGCUAUCAGUAAGACGGUCUUCUAUUAUUAUGGAAGUGACAAAGACAAACAACAGAAAGGUGAAUUUGCCUUAGAGGGCUACACCAUCAGAAUGAAUAAUAGCCUUCGGAAGGAUGCAAAGAAAGAUUGCUGUUUUGAAAUCUCUGCUCCUGAUAAGCGCAUUUAUCAGUUUACAGCUGCCACUCCCAAAGAAGCAGAAGAAUGGGUUCAGCAAGUCAAAUUUGUAAUUCAAGACAUGGAAUCUAAUACUAUUCCUGAGGAAGAGGCAGAGGAAGAAUAUGAUGAUGUUGCACAAGCAAGCAGUGACCCAGUAGAUGAUAGCAUUUAUGAAGAACUUCCAGAAGAGGAAAGUGUUCCUCCCAAGACUGAAGUGCCAAGAAAACCGAGCCAGGAGAAAGUAACCAUCGUUUCAGAUGGUAAAAAUACCGAUUAUGCUAAUUUCUACCAAGGUUUGUGGGACUGCACAGGAGACGUACCUGAUGAGCUGACAUUUAAGCGUGGUGACGUUAUCUACAUUCUCAGCAAGGAGUACAAUAGAUUUGGCUGGUGGGUAGGAGAAAUGAAGGGAACCAUUGGCUUGGUGCCUAAAGCCUACAUAAUGGAGAUGUAUGAUAUUUGAGAGGCCUGGGAGAAAUCUGCAGCUGAAGCGGGGAGCGAUGUGCAGCUGCA